AUGCGCUCAGUGCUUUACCUCCUCUUUACGGCCGUUGCGGCUGUUGCCGCCUUGGAGAACCCUUUCUUGGUGCCUCCAGGCGGCUACCAGUUCAACACUCGCGAGCCAACAGUCCUCAACUGGCAGCCAACCACACCUGGAACUGUUACCCUCAAACUCCAAAUGAGCUCAGACAUCACUCCCCACAGUGGCCUAGUCCUAGCUGCACACCUGGAAAACACCGGCACCUUCACGUUCUUGCCCCCGCCGGACUUGAUGCAAAACGGGCUAUAUACCGUCCAGAUUAUCGACGAUAAUGACCCAAGCAAAUAUAACUUCACCCCUAGCUUCAUGGUCGACGGAGCCACCGGAGGCCCAACCACUGGACCAACCACCUCCCGUACUUCCAUGACCACCUCCGAGGCCACCACCACCUCCGGCGAGUCAACUACUUCUCCAUCAUCAACUCGCCCCUCCACUGUCUCACCUACCACUACCGACUCUUCUGACACUACCAUGUCGACCGUCACCAGCUCCAGCACCCCCACCACAACAGACUCGACCACUACCUCCGAGUCUACUGCCGUGUCCUCCACCAGAUCCUCCUCGACUGGCAUGCCAACCAGCAGCGGAGCCCCUGACCCGAACGGCGCAGUCUCCCUUGCUCUGCCAGGUGGCCUCCUCUCUAUUGUCCUCUCUCUCAUGGCUCUGCUAUGA